AUGGUUACAUCUACGAGGAGCGUAGCUGGAAUUGAACAGAGGAUUGUGUGCCCAAUUGGGAGAAUGUUACAAGAACACAGUGACAAAGGCUUACUAAAGAUAUGGAAGUACAAUGUGUCUAAGAUGACAGUAAUUCCAAGUGUAACAUAUUUACAAAAUAAGCAGUUAAAGUCUCAAAUUAUUCAUAAACUGCCUUAUAAUUUUACUUACCUCAAAACACAACAAUUCCAUCAACUACUGACUAUUCGUGUUUUUAGUAAAUUCAUUGCUCACUUUGUGUCAUUGCUGAUUCAUUUCUAUAUUUUAAUUAAAGCUGCCCUACCAAGUACAGAUAUUCCCCUAUCACUUGAUAUCGUUAAUCAAAGAUUUGUACGCGAUUUUUAA